UAUUUUAACAUGAAACAGUAUGUGUAUAUGAAAAACUGAGGUCUCCUUACAGAAAUGUAUGAUCCAUCUAAAGAUGUAUGACCGCAGCUGCAUGGCACUGAUUAACCACUGAAGGGUUUUUUGUUUUUUUGACGUCUCUAUUCUGUACUGGAGCUCUAGGUGUGGUCACACUGAUUGGCAUGCCUUGGUAACAACCUUUGUACCAAACAAUGGACAACAAUGUGCAAAGGUCUGACUUGGCUGGACUCUGUCUUCCUGUAUAAGUGUUGGAGCUGAGCACUGGUCCUCCUGUGGAUGCACCUGGUGUCAGAGUAAAAUGAAUUCUGACGGGGGUGAAGGCAGACCAGGUGAGUUCCCUCCUACCUCUCUACCCCUGCAAGGAGGUCCAACCCAAAGAAAAAAGCUAUCUGCCCCUCGUAUCAGCCUGUCACUGGACCAGAGCGAGGAUGACUUGGGGGAGACGCCAGAUGAUCUUGACAUUAACGUCGAUGACCUCGACACUCCAGAUGAAGGGGAUUACCUCGACUACACGGACCAUGAAAUGGACUGGGAAGAUCCGAAUGCAGCCAAUAAGAGUGGGACAAGUGAGCCGUACAAUCCAAUCCCGACAUACAGUGCUGAGGAGGAGCGUCAGGACAGCAAACUGUGGAGGACAGUCGUCAUUGGGGAACAGGAGCACCGUAUCAACAUGAAGAUCAUUGAGCCUUACAUGAAAGUCGUUUCCCAUGGAGGCUACUAUGGCAACGGAGUGAAUGCCAUCAUAGUGUUUGCCGCCUGUUUCCUGCCAGACAGUGACAGAGAGGACUACCAUGAAAUAAUGGAAAAUCUUUUCCUUUACGUAAUCAGCACACUGGAGUUGAUGGUAGCAGAGGACUACAUGAUCGUCUACCUGAAUGGAGCCACUCCCCACAGAAGAAUGCCAGGCCUUGGUUGGCUAAAGAAAUGCUAUCAGAUGAUUGACAGAAGGCUCAGGAAGAAUUUGAAAUCCUUCAUUAUUCUCCAUCCAUCAUGGUUUAUCAGGACGGUUCUAGCCAUUACCAAGCCCUUCAUAAGCGCCAAGUUCAGCAGCAAGAUAAAGUAUGUGAACAAUCUGGAUGAGUUGCAGGAUCUCAUCCCCAUGGAUUGCAUCCAGAUCCCAGAGUGCAUCAUUAGACUUGACAAGGAACUGAAAGAGGCCGCAGAGAACUCAAAAGUGAAUAGUUUUCUGUACGGAACGGAGCCAACAGCAGCAGGCAAAACAGAACCAGACAAAGCCGGUGCCAGCAGCUCUUAAACGCAAACAUCCUAAAUGGAUGGGUCACCUCAAUGUUAAGAAUCACUGUUGUAGUGCACAGGUGAAGCUGGGAAGUGGAGGAAAAAGACUCGUUAAGCAAGACUGUGUGUGUGUGUGUGUGUGUGUGUGUCAGUCAGUCUUUGUAAAUUAGACACUGGAGUUUAAUAUAAAAAUACAAUUUACAAUAGUACGUGUGAACAUUCAGAGUUAGAUCUCAUUCUUUAUGGCUGCUGUAGCAUCUACUGUACCUUACACCUGCAAUCCAGUCUACUAUAUCGUCAAGUGUGAUGCUUGGCAGCACCUACAGAGUAGCAUCAUUGUUCACGGGUAGAGUAGGAAAUGCAAUUACACACCAGACAGUGCACUGUGCAAAUCCAUUUGUAGAGUCUAUAUUGUUGUAGUUGUGUGCAUGAGAAGCAGUGAAGCAAUAAUAUCACCCUUUACAGUCUCAGUAUCUCAGAUAAAGAGGACACUUGUGUGUCAGCAGUCUACAAUGAAAGCACUGGGUGUGGCCAAGAAAACCUUGUUCCAUAGGUGAUGACCAACUAUUGCAGUUCAGCGGUCCAAUCUUCUGUCUUAAUACUUGUUCUACAACUGGGAAAUUAACCUAUAAAAUAGAUAUUUUAGCUUUAUAAAGUCAAUAUGAAACUGAGGAGGAAUAAGUUAAUAUGAGAUCAAGUUAUAGUGCAAUGCAAGAGCAUGUCCUUUAAGCCAUGUUCGGCAAGUAUAUGUCUGUGUGUGUGUGUGUGUGUGUGUGUGUGUGUGUGUGUGUGUGUGUGUGUGUGUGUGUGUGUGUGUGUGUGUGUGUGUGUGUGUGUGUGUGUGUGUGUGUGUGUGUAUGUAUGUGUUUUGUCAAUUUCUGUCUGAUGCAUAAAUUGGAAAUGAUCUCUUCAGCUUCUCCUAAAUCAUUAAAAAGUCAAUUCAGACAAAAGUAAAGAUGGGAUCUCUGUAAAGCACAAUAUCUUCUCUCUCUCUGUGUGUGUCUCCACACGCAUGUAUAUGUGUGCAUCAGUGCAUGUAUCCUCAUAGAUAAGUGAUUGUCCUCUGACACUUCUACUAUGGUAUAUUGAGGAUGUGCAAAGAAAUUAUGGAUCACUGUCUAGUAAUUCAAUAAAAAGUGAC